AUGAUUUCCCUUGGUCAGUUAUUCUCAAUGAUAAUGCAAAUUUUUGUAGCCAGACAUGAUUUAUCCAAAUUAUCCGAAACUUUGCUUUAUUUUACGACUCAUGUUACAUACAUGUGCAAAUUGGCAAACUUUGGAUAUCAUAGAUCCAAAAUUCUACACAUCGAAAAUUUACUAACACGUUCACAAUUUUAUGGUUUUGCAAACACUCAAUUAAAAAAAGUACAACAAAGAGUUGCUUCUACAAAAAUGGUUGGGAAAACGUUCCAAAUAUURUGUGGUGUGUGUGUGUUUGCAUGGGGCUUGGUGCCAUAUUUCGACCAUACCAAAGCUCAUUCUUUACCAUUGCCGGGAUGGUUACCUUAUGAUACAAYCAAAUAUUAUUAUCCGACUUUUGUGUUUCAAAUGGUCGCUUUGUUUAUCACUGCUUGUCUCAAUUCAACGAUUGAUAUCUUGACUUGGAUGCUGGUGACGCUAGCUUCGGCACAGUUUGAYAUUUUGAAAGAAAAUUUAAAAAAUAUUGACUACAAAUGUGAAUUGCUGACAAUUGAAUUAGAGUUUAAAACGUGUGURAAGCACCACAAAGAAAUCGUAAACUUUGUCCAUAAGAUUGAACACACAUUUUCCAAAGGCAUCCUUUUACAGUUUUUCGCCAGUGUGAUUGUUAUUUGUUUCACAGGAUUUUCUAUUAUGAUUGUGCCACUAUUUAGUAUGCAAUUCGGUUAUUUGCUAUUUUAUUUCUUAUGUAUGAUGACACAAGUUGGAAUGUAUUGCUGGUACGGUCACGACGUCAUGACAACAAGUAACGAAAUUGGGCAAUAUUUCCAUAUGUCUAAUUGGUACGAAUCUGAUAUAAGAGUGAGACCAGAUUUGAUGGUUUUUUUGGAAAGAAUUAAAAAGCCUGUAACUUUGACUGCUGGAGGUUUUAUAACUUUAUCUUUGACAACUCUAGUUCGCAUUCUGAGAUCAUCUUACUCGUAUUUCGCUGUACUUCAACAUUUAUACAACAAUUCUUAG